GCCGCCGGGAGACUGCGUCCCUUCCCGUCCCGUCCCGUCCCUUCCCGUCCCKUCCCGUCCCUUCCCGUCCCGUCCUUCCCCGCCGCCCCUGCGCCCCGAGUGCCCGCGCCGGCUGGACCCGCUCCCGCCGCGGCCGCUGGCAGGGCUGCUCCGCCCUCGCCCUCCUUCUCCCCCUUCUYCUCCUCCUCCUCCUCCCGCGCGGGGCGAGGGCAGCCCCGAGGGCGCCCGGCGGGCCGGGGGGGCCGCACCGCCAGCCGGGACCGGCUGCACCAUGUGAAGCGGCGGGGCUGCCCCCCCGCCCCGMGCCGCCCUCUCCCGCAUCAUGAGGGACGGGGAUGUGGGGCAGCACCCACGCCGAGCGCAGGUAGAGACCGGGCGGCUCCUCCGCCUCCUCUCCUGCAUGGUCCUCGUGUGCGGGGCGGAGGUCGCGGCGCUCGCCGACUUCUCAGGUUACCUAACGAAACUCCUGCAGAAUCACACCGCCUAUGCCUGCGACGGGCAGCACCUGAGCCUGCACUGCCCUCGGCACUCAACCAUCAGUGUUCAGUCAGCAUUCUAUGGGCAGGACCCCCACAUGUGCAGACUGUGGGAGCCUGAAACCAGGAUGACAGAGCCCAGAAACUGCGUGGCACCCACCUCUUUGCAGGUACCACUCGUUGUAACAGUUCUUAAGAAAGUACUGGAUGAAUGCCAGAACCUGAGAUCCUGCCAACUCCUUGUCAAUAGUCGGGUUUUUGGGCCUGAUCUGUGUCCAGGGACCACUAAAUUCCUCCUUGUCUCCUUUAAAUGCAAACCUACUGAAUACAAAACCAAAUCAGCAUGUGAAAACCAGGAACUGAAGCUCCACUGUCAGGAAUCCAAGUUCCUUAUCAUCUACUCGGCCACGUACGGCAGAUGGGCACACGAGGAGAACGUCUGCUCAACAAAGGCGGAGCACACACCCCCCUUUGACUGUUUGUCUUACACGGCGCUGGAAGUGUUAUCAAAAAGGUGUUACGGGAAACAGAGAUGCAAAAUCAUUGUCACUAGCCGUGAUUUUGGGAGUCCAUGCCUACCUGGAGUCACAAAAUACCUUAAUGUCAGCUAUGCAUGCGUUCCUAAAUUUAUCCUCACGGCUGUCAACCCCUUGGUCCCCAAUAACAAGUCUUCCGUCAAACAGAACRAUGGUGUYGACCUUGAUCCAAGGGAAUCGAGACUUCCAAAGACAGAUGGAACUAUUGUUAGCUCUAACUACUUGGCUACAUUUGCAUACAUUAGAGAUCACCCUGAAAGAGCCGCUCUCCUGUUUGUGUCCAGUGUUUGUAUGGGAUUAAUCCUCACACUGUGUACCUUGGUGAUCCGUGUGUCAUGUGCCACUGACAUCCGGAAACUGCACAGGAAGAGGGAUCAGCUGGUGCCAGAGGGUGCCAGAGCCUACCAGAACAGUGAACAGGAGGAGGAGGAGGAGGAGGAGGAGGAGGAGGGGGAGGAUUCCUCCCUUUCGAACACGCAGGAUGAGGCAGAUGGACUUUACAGACCUUCUUACUCAGGUUAUAACUCAGCAGAGGCAGUGGAACUGGCCGAAAGGAUUGAGCGCAGGGAGCAGAUCAUACAGGAAAUCUGGAUGAACAGUGGUUUGGAUAUGACACCUCCUAGAAACAUGAAUACAUUUUAUAUUAAUGAACAAUAAAUGGCUUAUUUUGGAUGACGCCCUAUCAGUUUUUUUAAAARAAAAAAAAAAAAAAGAAUGUACCUUCUGUGAAGGAGCAUUUGUAUCAGUGAAUAUAAUUAUUUGUAAAAUAAAAAGAAAUAUAUGCAAUAAAAAGAGUUUCAUACCCUUGACUGUCUACA